AUGUCUUCCAGCGGUAAUAGCGUCAGCGUUUUGAAUGCACAAAUCAACGCGUCCUUGAAUACUUUGGAAAAGAAAGUUGACAAGAUUGUUGUUCCUCCUCCUGUCAACAAACCCACCGGGAGUCAAUGCAAAUAA